CUACUAGUUUCGAGAUGGAAGAAGAAACGUAUCGACGUGUGACAAUGUAAAGGCUCCAACUGCUAAUUAAUAUGACUCAGAAACUUGUUUUAAAGUUGAAAUUAACUCCUCUAUAUAUAGUAUAUAACUAGAUUUCCCAACUACUCCAAUUGAUAAACAAGAAGAUAUAAUAUGCAUAUGAUGAAAGUUGAUCCAGCGGGAGGACAUGGUGGAACAAGUUGGGAUGAGAAGGGACGAGACCAAGUUGCUGGAAUUUAUGUUUUCUACAAAGAAGAACAAGUUGUUGCACUUCAGUUCGUGUUCUAUGAAAAUGGCAACUUUGUUCAGUCAAAGAGACAUGGUGUUUUUGAUGAACGUGAAAACUACGCUGCAGUUAUCUUUGAUUAUCCGUCAGAGUAUCCUACUUCGAUAAUUGGUUCUGUGAGACCCUGGAUGCCAGAAUUGAGCUCAAUAACAUUUGUUACCAACAAGGGUUCCUAUGGACCAUUUGGGACACUUUCAACUGAGUACAAACACUUCAACUUUCCGGUAGGACGAGGUAUAUUCGGGGGUCUAUAUGAAGCUGAACAUCACAUCCGGCAUGACUACGUGAAGGUUAAAAACGAAAAAAGAAGAAGAAGAUUAACUUACCAAUUAAAAAUUUCCAAAUUAUGUAGGGAUUAUCUUUUGAGUUUUACAUUAUUAAGAAGUUAAUCGUGAAGCCCCGUUUCUUCUAUGAUGUAUAGCGAGGUAAUUAAAUCAUCUGCAAUUUUUAUUCCCAAA